CUUUGUGUUGAAGUCAGCUUUUACGAUGGGUUUUUCCCAGACCACCACCAGGACAAAGGUGAACAUUAAGCCAGUCUGAAUAUUGCCCUUGUGAAGCUGGGACGACGGUUUUCUACACCUGUUUGUCUGUUUCCACCUGUAAGGCUCCUUUUGGUGACUUACUUCAUAGAUUCUCAAGAUAGCGAUAGCGUUUGUGGUCCAGUUAGAUUCUCAGCCCUUGUUCUGCCCCUUCCUGGAGAAGCCUGUCACCAGGGUCUGACCGAGCACUCCCGGAGAGCUUGGCACAGGGACCAGGCAUGCACACUUGCACUUGUUGACAACUGUCAGCUUCGACCUCCUUCUCCUCACAAUCCCCCUGUCCCUGUCUAAAUGGGGUUUGUAAUCCUCCUUCCCACCCACUCUCUUCACUCCCUGGGGUAAGAAUGUUGACUCCUGCUCUCUGUCACCUGUCAGAAUCCAUCCUCCUGUCACUGGCUUAUAUGGACAAGUCAGCUCACGGUCACGUGACCCUGGGCUGCUAAAAACAGCUCAGGCACCCACUGUGAACCAGGGCCUGAAACAAUGUCCUCCACGGAGAGAAACGUAAAGGACACUUGAUCAUACAAUCCUUGGAAUUAUUUCUAGGAAAUAGUUUUAGAAGGCGUUCGGAGCACCCUUUCCCUGGCAGAACUCAGACGGCCAGGAGAUGAGCGCAUCUCUGAAUUACAAGUCUUUUUCCAAAGAGCAGCAGACCAUGGAUAACCUGGAGAAGCAACUUAUCUGCCCCAUUUGCUUGGAGAUGUUCACCAAGCCCGUGGUCAUCCUCCCCUGCCAGCAUAACCUGUGUAGGAAAUGUGCCAGUGAUAUUUUCCAGGCCUCCAACCCGUACUUGCCCACAAGAGGAGGCACAACUGUGGCGUCUGGGGGCCGAUUCCGAUGCCCAUCCUGUAGGCACGAAGUAGUUUUGGACAGACAUGGAGUCUAUGGACUUCAGAGGAACCUGCUGGUGGAAAAUAUCAUUGACAUCUACAAGCAGGAGUCUACCAGGCCAGAAAAGAAGUCUGACCAGCCCAUGUGUGAGGAGCACGAAGAGGAGCGCAUCAACAUCUACUGUCUCAACUGCGAAGUGCCCACCUGCUCCCUGUGCAAGGUGUUCGGCGCACACAAGGAUUGUCAGGUGGCUCCGCUCACGCACGUGUUCCAGAGGCAGAAGUCUGAGCUCAGUGAUGGCAUCGCCGUCCUUGUGGGAAGCAAUGAUCGGGUUCAGGGCGUGAUCAGUCAGCUGGAGGACACCUGUAAAACCAUUGAGGAAUGUUGCCGAAAACAGAAGCAGGAGCUUUGUGAGAAGUUUGACUACCUGUACGGCAUCUUGGAGGAAAGGAAGAAUGAAAUGACACAAGUCAUUACCCGGACCCAAGAAGAGAAACUGGAACACGUCCGUUCUCUGAUCAAAAAGUAUUCUGAUCACUUGGAGAAUGUAUCAAAGUUGGUUGAAUCAGGCAUCCAGUUCAUGGACGAGCCCGAAAUGGCAGUGUUUUUGCAGAAUGCCAAAACUCUGUUACAAAAAAUUUCUGAAGCAUCAAAGGCAUUUCAGAUGGAGAAAAUAGAACAUGGUUAUGAGAACAUGAACCACUUCACAGUCAACCUCGAUAGAGAAGAAAAAGUAAUACGUGACAUUGAUUUUUACAGAGAAGAUGAAGAUGAAGAAGAAGAAGGAGAAGGAGAAAUAGAAGAGGGAGAAGAAGGAGGCGAGGAAGUAUUAGAAGUGGAAGAGGUGGGAAGUAUUCAAAUAGAGUCAUCUGGAGAAGAUGAAAGUCCAGGAAAAGGCAUGGUGCCCCUUCAGUCGGUCUCGGAGGUCCAGGCUACCCCGGAAGCAGCACUUCCAGUCUCCUCUCCAGAACCACCUGCAGCCCUGCUCCCUGCUGUGGAUGCCCCUGCAACACAGGGGGAGGUGGUGCCCACUGGCUCCCAGCAGACCACAGAGUCUGAAACACCACUCCCUGCAGCAGCAGCAACUGCGGAUCCCUUGUUGUACCCUAGUUGGUAUAAAGGCCAAACCCGGAAAGCCAUCACCAAUCCACCUUGCACCCAAGGGAGCGAAGGUCUGGGACAAAUAGGGGCUCCGGGUUCUGAGGAUUCGAAUGUGCAGAAGGCAGAAGUGGCAGGAGCUGCAGCCAUUGAGAGGGCAGCAGUGAGUGGUAAGGAAACUAGUUCACCUGCAGCUACUUCUCAGGAGUUAGCAAUCUGCCUAGUGCUUUUGGCUUUUCUCAUACUUCACUACAUCUGGAGUCAGAUUCAGAGCUUGAUUUUUACUUUAAUGGAUUGGAUUUGAGGCCCCUCCCCUCCAGAGCCAGGCUGCAGCUCCAGGGAGCACGAGUGGAGCUGCUUCAGAGCCAGCUCGCCAUGUCUUCUCCUUUUCAUGGCUGAACUCCCUGAAUGAAUGAUGUUCAUUCCAACUGCUGCCCCUCCGUCUGCCUGGCUGAGACACACAUAGGCAGCAGGUGACUUAGAUGAAAUUAACGUGAUGCAGACGAUGAAUGGGACCUGUAAAUGGGAUUUCUGCAAAGAAAACAAGCAAAAACUGUUAUCCCAGAUGACUUACCUAACACAUUGAGGGAAAAGAACACUGAGAAAAUAGCUGCAGUAAACACUGGAGAAAAGAAACUUGAUCUUCUGCAAAUCUUUUACUGUGUGGGAAACAUUAUGAAGGGUGUGUAGGUGUGGUACCUGUGUUUGUGUCAGUAACAAGUGGCAAAUGUUGAAAAAAGUAGGCACUACACUCUCAUCUCUAUUAGGCACUAGCUGUUUGGUAUUCUAUCAUAGUAGUUCUUAUUUCUUCUUUUCCUCAACAAUACAGUGAAAUUCAAUGCCAAUUCAGUAGUGACUGAUUUAUCAAUAUAUGGGUAAAAGGUAAAUCAUUGACCAAAGCUAUGAAAUAUUUCGCAAAGUUGUCUUCAUUUACAUAGUAGACAUCACUGAGCAUAUAUCCAGAAAUGUCCUUUAAAUCUGGGGGUGCUUCAGAAGGCUGAAGCCUUGUGACAUUUUUCUAAUCUUAUUUGUAGAUCGCCAUUUAUCUCUAUUCACAUAUCAUGCAGAUACAUGAAAAGAACUUCUAGCGGGAGCUCUCUACUUUCUCAUAUAUCCACUGUGACACCAAUCUGGUAAACUAUAGAACAACUGCAUGUAUUUAAACAUAUAGGCACAUGAAACACAAUUAAAUAUAUAUGUAAUUUAUAUUUAAAUCAUGCUUUAUUUGUUGCACCGUAAUGCCUCCUUCAGUAUACAAAUGUGAUGACUCUGUACGAACUCUUAAAUAAAUGCUGUUCUUAAAAAUUUA